UCUUAUAUGAUCCUUGUCAAAGGAUACAUGUGAAGGGAGGAAUGUCGACAUCAGAGGAGAAAGUGGGACAUUUGGAGGAGGAGGCAAGGAAGCGGAAAGAACGAUUGUUAAGACUGAAGCGCAAGGCAUCGGGGUUUUCAGAGGAAGACGAUGCCGAUCGCCAUUCUGCUGCACCUUCGAUGCCUCUUCCCAAGCCAGUGUUUCGGAGCUACAAGCCUACAGAUGAGGGUCUGGCCGAGAACGUGAUGGAGCGCAUCCAGCCCUUAGAUGUAGAUGACCAAGUGAAGGAUCAGCUGGAACUUGGCAAGAGUUACCAGCUCAUCUCUGAUCAAGUGGAUCUGACAUCUCUGGCUCCACGGAAACCAGACUGGGACUUGAAGAGAGAUGUUACAAAAAAGUUGGAGAAACUUGAGAAGAAGACGCAGCAAGCGAUAGCCCAGUUGAUCAGGGAACGACUGCGGAGCGGGGAGGGGAACUUCGCUAUGGCCGUCAAUGCUGGAGCCACUGCCGAAAUGGUCGAUGAAGAUUGACCAUGCCUCUCAAUCUUGUGAUCAUAUGUGAUUAUUUCCUUUUUUCACAUAAAAGGUUUCAUUUGGUCUCUUA